UCUCUUAGAGCCUUGGGAUCUGAUACAGGAGGCUCUACACGAAACCCUGGUUCUCUCUGUGGGGUCGUGGCUCUGAAACCCUCUUACGGCCUACUCUCUCGGCACGGCCUCAUCCCUCUGGUCAACUCAAUGGACGUGCCGGGAAUCAUGACCAGGAGUGUCCAUGAUGCUGCCACUGUCUUGAGGAUACUGCAGGGCCGAGAUGAGAGGGACUCAACGACUGUCCAGGCACCCGACACCCCACCUAGCCUUCCUGAACACUUUGACAUUAGAGACAUAUGUGUUGGCAUACCGAAGGAGUAUCAUGCUCCGGGCCUGUCUAAGGACACUCUGGCCCAGUGGAGUCGAGUCGCAGCCAUGUUUGAGCAGGCAGGGGCGCGGGUACAAGAAGUAUCUCUUCCACACACACAGCACUCCAUCGUCUGUUACCACGUCCUAUGUUGCUGUGAGGUUGCAUCAAACAUGGCACGUUUCGAUGGGCUUGAAUACGGCCAUCGCAGUGCAGUUGACAGCUCCACAGAUGCCAUGUACGCCACCACACGACAUGAAGGCUUCAACAAUGUGGUCCGCAGAAGAAUCCUCUCAGGGAACUACUUCCUUCUGAAAUCGAACUAUGAGCGUUACUUUGUGAAGGCUCAGCAAAUCCGCCGUCUUAUCACUGAAGAUUUUAAAACAGUCUUCCGCUCUGGCAUAGACGUUCUCCUCACACCCACAACGCUGAGUGAUGCAGCCCGCUACUCUGACUUCAUACAGGAAGACAACCGAACACGCAGUGCUCAGGAGGAUGUCUUCACCCAGCCUGUCAACAUGGCAGGUUUGCCUGCUGUGACAGUGCCAACAGCCCUUUCACCCCGAGGUCUUCCCAUUGGCCUGCAGCUGAUUGGUCAGGAACUACAGGACUGGAAGUUGUUGACAGUAGCCCACUGGAUGGAGCAACAACUUAACUUUCCAUUGGUCCGUUUUCAUGAAGACUCAAAUAAGAGAGAGCUGGACCAAUCAUUCAGAGAAAGGACACAUACAGUAGGAUUAUAACCAAAACACAAAGAACAAGUAGAGUUAGGAAGAAAUGAAACCUUUGACAGUUAAAUUUAGUAUGAAGUGAGAAUGUUUGUUGUAG